AUGGCAUCGCUGAUAAGCCGAUUCGGUUACAGCUGGGUGAAUGUCAUUUGCCAGGAUCGCUACGAAGAUGACGGCUUCUUGUCACGAUUCUACGAGGAGUCGACUGCCUAUGGCAUCAAGACGGAACAAAACGGUACUAUCUCGCGCAGCGACAACUGGACCGAGCUACAGCACAAGCUGAAGCGAUUUCAAAGAAGUGCCUUCAAGAUUAUUGUUAUACACUGUGAAGUGUUCGUCAUGCGCAGAGUGGUUCAAAUCGGUAGAAUGCUGAACCUGUUCUCCAACAACUACGUCUGGUUCCUCAGCGACUACGCGACUGAGCAUAAUCGCAAGGCCGACUACAGCCUACCUGUCGGACUGGUUGGCCUCGAGCGGACAGAGCCCGAUGGAUACGCUAACCGGGUUAGCAGCACUCUGCGGACACUCUUACAGUAUCUACAGUCAGAUCCCGUCCUCGACUGGGGGUCAAGUGACAUCUCGUUGACCGACUAUGCAAAUUAUUCACUAAUUUAUAACUAUACCUCUGAAACUUGGAUCAGAGAUCUAAAAGUUAGCCUUGAAUCACCCGACGAGAUGGCCGUGCCCAUCGGAGACGGUUUCAUUCCCACUAGAACGAACUACUCUUUUCAAGUCUUAAACUUAGUAACAGACCUUGGCGGAUCAAAGAUUUGGAAGGAAGUGGGGUCCCUGGACAACUUCUAUGUAAAUUUGAGCACCAUGGUGGAACUUCCGGGGAAGCGACACAACUCGACGCACCGGACACGGAAGUUGUACCGCGUCAUCACCAAGAUUUCGCCACCAUUCAUCAUGCAAAAGGAGGCCUUCACAGAGAACGGGGAGUGCUACUCGUACGCGCCCUGCGUCCAGUUGCAAAGCGGUAACGACAGUGAUCUGUCCAACGCAUUUGAAGAUUAUUUGCUGACAAAUCGCUACGACCAUAAAAAAUACGUCGUAUCGUGCUGCACGGGCGUCACGAUCGACAUCCUGGUGAAACUUGCAACCGACAUGGAGUUCGACUUUAUCCUCUUCUUUCUUAAGGAGCCCCCCAGCGGCGGCGACAGCGACAGCGGCGACGCGAACCAGACGAUGUAUGGCUCGGAGAUCUGGAAUGAUACCCUGCAAUAUCUAGAGGAAGAUCUGGCGGACAUUGUGGCUGGUCCGCUCAGCAUCACGGUGGAACGUAUGAAGUAUAUCACUUACACAGAGGUUUACUUCUAUACGGGGUUUUCAAUGAUCACCAUGAAGAAAGAACGUGAGACUUCCAUGGACGCCUUUCUGAAGCCUUUCUCCGUGGAAGUCUGGUUGGGAAUCGUCAUCAGUGCGACGGUCACCGCAGUGGCGACGUCGCUGUUUGAGUGGAAUAGUCCAUUUGGGCUCAACCCAAAGGGGAGGAAGAGGGAAAGAAACUACACGCUCGGUUCUGCACUGACAAUGGUCUACUCAGUGCUUUUCGGACAUAUUGUGCGCACCAAAUCCCCCAAAAGUUGGCCUGGGAAGGUGUUGCAAAAUUUCUGGGCCGGAUUGGCUAUUUUUAUAAUCGCUAGCUACACGGCUAAUUUGGCCGCUUAUUUAGCCGGACGUUCUGAACAGUCGGAUUUACUUAGUAUAAAUGAUAAACGGGUAAGUAAUUAA